CUUAAAACAAAGAUCAUCUAUGCACGGACAGCAGGAGUCAGGUUGUAGGGGGAUAAUGUUGUGUUUAUAUUUCCAUUGUGUGACAGGAUAAUGUGUGGGGUGGAUGCAACAGGUGAAAUGAGAGUAUUUCGCAUGGGGAUGUUUAUUCACGAAUUUGACUGAUUAGUGUCAUGGGAAUUUGUACGCGGAGAUAUUUUCUACUGACAAUAUGCAUUUUACAAUUGGUUUCAACAGUUGAACGUCAAGUUUUCGACUUCUUGGGUUACAUGUGGGCACCAAUUCUUGCAAAUUUUUUUCAUAUAAUAUUUGUGAUAUUUGGAUUUUUUGGUGCUUUUCAGUACAGAUCAAAGUAUCUUAUAACGUAUACUGUUUGGAAUAUAGUGUGGAUUGGCUGGAAUGUAUUCAUCAUCUGCUUCUACCUUGACGUUGGCAUAUUGGACAAAGAUAGUGAUGUGUUAAAUCUUGGAACUGGCAGUGUUAGCUGGUGGGAGGUAAAUGGAGCUGGUUGCAAACCUGUUUAUCCCACAAAUCUUACUGCUGAGGACACUGAUGUAUUUCGACCUCUAAGACCAGAAUAUGUUCCUGGUUGUUUCCUUGACUAUCAGUAUGUAGAAAUCUUGCAUGCUUCGGUGCAGUGUUUAUUAGCGGUUCUUGGCACAGUUGGUGGCAUAUUUGUUUGCCAUAUUCUCUAUGAAGAUGAUGAUAGUUCCCAAGUUAACAGUUCCUAUGGAAAGAAAGCAAAUAAUGGAAACCGAAACUCUCUUUAUUCAAUUGAAUUUAGUUCUCCAGAUAAUAAUGCAGAUGACAGUGUAGAAUAUGAUGAAACAGGUCAGAAUGGUAACUCACACUUAUCAGCUCCACAACUUUCUCCACGUCCCAUGACCCCACGCAGAGUGAAACGCCGUAGUGUAAUUUCGCGUGGUUCCACCAGCCGUAACUCACAGCAAGAUAAACGGGGUAGUGUGAGGCAUGGAAACACAGUGCGCUCCUCAGUUAGAUCUUCAGGACGGCGGCCGAAACUGCAACACCAGAACCCUGUGACUCGUUUAAUAGAGCAACAGCAGAGUUUGCAGCAACAACAGGCUCUAGGAGACUCGUCCACAUCAAAUGAUUCUCAUCGAUUGAACAUGUUCGACCCUGCAUCCUCUCAAGCAGACUUGUUGAACAGCUCACAGUGGCGGAAGACUGCUGGUCACACAAACCCCUUGUAUCAGCAGAGUUCUAUGCAGUCAUUAAAUGAGGAAGAAGAUUCAUUCAACAGACCACCUUCAGCAAGAUCGAGUUACUCAAACUAUCAUGGAACACGUCCCAUCAGUUGUUAUGUAGGUUCAAGUGGAAUGAAUUCUUAUUAUGUGCCAGGACAAGCAACAGCUCAAGUACCUGUCAUAAAUACACACCGCCGUAGCAAUCGGUCAAUACCAAAAAGUAGCAGACCGAGUACUGAAUUUUUGAGUUGUGGUCCACCAGCGUAUCAGUUGCAAGGUGCCAUAGACUCUGAAACUGUUAUAUAAUUUUUUUCUUUUAGCACAAAAAAUGUAAAGCAAGCCUUCACUGCCAGAAACAAAUGUGCCUCUUGUAACUGGAUGUUGUGAAAAGUUAAUUUUAUUUCUCUAUGGAACUGUGUACUGCAAUUAUUCACGCAAAGUGCUCUUGUAUGUAAUUGAUUUGUAUAUGCUGUGUGUACAGUUCGAUGAAUGUUUGGCUCAUCAUACAUAUAUUUUGGAGCAUUAA